AACACAGGUCUUCUUCGCCCUCAACCUCCUCUUCAACGCCAUCAUGUGGGGCCUCUUCACGCGCGCCCUGACCCUCGCCUCCUCGACCGUCCGCGUCAGCAUCAUCAACACCUCGGCGAACUUCAUGCUCACGGCCGUGCUCGGCGCGCUCAUCUUCUCCGAGUUGCUGCCGGGGGUGUGGUGGAUCGGCGCGGCGAUGCUGGUCGCGGGCAGCGUGAUUAUCGGGAGCAGGGAGGAGGCGAAGAAGACGGGGGAUGCGGGGACCGGGGGCGCGGAGCCGCUGCUCGCGGGCCAGGAGGGGUUUAGGGACGAGGAGGAGGCGGAUAAGAGCGAUGAGGAGGGGGAGGAUCAGAGUGAUUUGGAGCUGGAGACUGUCAAGGAUGAUGGGGAGGAGGUGGAUGGGGUGUUGAGGUAGGUUGGGGUGGACGGUUGUAGAUGGUGUGCAGGGGUGGUGUAAAUAUAUACUAGGCUUUGUAAAGUGCUUCGGUGAUGUGUUAUUCGUGUGUCUUGGUUCUGUGGGUUAGAAGCUCGGGCGAUGAUGGUUGUGCUACUAAUUCGUGAUUUUGGGUUGACAGACUUUAAGAGAACGAUCGCGGAACUAGACUUGAAACCCACGGCCAUAAGGCCGCGUUUAUAGUCGACUGUGCACCCAUGAUAGUCACUCACCGAAGCAGCUCCAACAGUAGUGAAGAAGGGUAG